GGGGGCGGGGCGUGGGCGGGGCCAAGCCCGGCUUCUGGCGGCUCGUCCCGCGGCGCUCGCCUCCACAACCAGCCGCCGCUCGCCAUGCAGAAGGUGGCCGUUGUCACCGGCGCCAGCAGGUAAGGAGCGGGGGCUCCGCGGGGCGCGGAGGAGCCGGGCUCGGAAGGGGAGAAGGAAGGAGCGGGCGAAGUGCGGGGAGCUCGGCUGAGCGCGGUGCUGGGACGGGACGGGCGCGGAGCCUGGCGGGGGCGCUGGGCGAGGGGUCCGGCGGGGCGGGCGGAGGGCGCGGGGCGUCAAAGCCACACGAGGCGCAGAACUGCAGAGCUGUCAGUUGGAAGGGACUACGAGGGUCAUCUAGUCCUGCCCGGCGGGGCUCGAACCUGCAGCUCUGGGACGAAGCGUCUCGGGCUCUCCUACCUGAGCUCCUCGGGGGCAGAGGCUGCCUGGGGCUGCAGCCCAUUUCGAAGCCCCCGCCAAGCUCGCUCUUUCCCCGGGAACUGUUAGCAGCGCCCAGAAUGAUGUGCUUUGGAAUGUGCUUGAAAUGUUGUGUGUGAACAGUUGUGACAACAGCAGUGAAGAGGGUGGAUUUCAUACCUUGGCUUUCUGGAAAGUGUCAGAUCUGUCUUGCAACAUGUAGGCAAAUAUGUUUAAUAUUACAGUAUUGGUUGCUUUGUAGAUUUGAUAAACAUUGAGAGGCACUAAUAGUGUCUGGAAUCAAAGUUUAUCACUGGAUUUUAACACUAUUGUAAUGUGCUUUAUAUCUUGCUUCUUAGAGAACUUUUUUGUUUUGUUUUGAAGUCUCUGUACAUUAUUGAAAACACAACAGCCAAUAUUUGUAAAUCCAUGGUGUGGCCAUAUUUGGAAUGCCAAGUGCACUGCUGGUUAUCCCACCUCAAAAGGUAUUGUAGAGAUAGCAAAGGUAUGGGGAAACAACAACCAAGGGUGCAAUCCUGUACAUAGCCACUCAAAAGGAAUAAGCUUCACUGAGUUCAGUGGGGUGUACUUUCAGGUAAGUGUGCACAGGAUUGCAGCCUAAAACUAGAGUCCCAAUUUCACUUCGCUGAGAGUGGAAGCCCCAUUGAAUUCAGUGGGGCAUAUGCUGGUGAAGGGGCUGAAGCACCUGCAUUGUGAGCAUAUGUAAAAGUGUUCUGGGGUUUUCAGUUUAGAAUAAAGGGGGGGGGUGUCAGGAUUUUAGAGAUGCUUAGGUGGGUGCAUGGCCAAAAAAUGCUGGGAACCACUGCUCUAAAGAAAGCUUGAGCGGAAACUGAGUUGUUCUCAGUUUGCUGCUGGUUAACACAAAAUCCCAAGCCAAAGCUCUGGUUUAUUUCUUCCUGGCUGGGGAUAAGAAGGGGGUGGAGGGAGAGUACGCUUCAGCAGGAUGCGCCAGGAUGCUGCUCAUUCAAGAUGAGCCACAGUUAGCUGUCUGGGUGGUGAAUGAUUAGAGUAAGAAGUAGUCCUCCAAGUGGAGCACUUGACUUGCCACCUGCCAAGCCACUGCAGCCUUGAUUUGCAGUCCUCUCCAAGCCAGUCUGCCCUGCUGCCUUCUGCUCUUCACUUCAGCCACUGCCUCCGUUCCUUUCUUCACAUUGAAGCAAGCGGUUACUUUAUUAUAAUUCUGGGUUUGUAUCAGCUAGACCAAUAUAUUGCCCAGAGAAAAUUUUGCAUACUAUUCCUAUGUACAUUUUCCUUCUCCUGGAAAACUACCCCCCAAAAUGAUUCAUCUCUGAAAGUUCAGUACAGCUGCUUUCAUAUCACUGAACCUGUGUAUCGUGAAACUGUGAGUUCCUGGGGUUCCUGCUCAGAGGGCUGCAUAAUCAAUAUCCAGGGCUCCCAUUUGGCCUCUGCAAAGCUUCCCAAGUGUCCUUUGAAUGCAUGGCUUUCGUAGUUGUGUACCUCCAUUUGAAAGCUUUCCAGGUUUCCCUUAUGUACCUAGAUAACUGAUUCCUAGUUGAUAUCUUCUUGAGUGCAGUGCUGGAUUUUUAUUUUUGCCCCAGGUUAUCCCCCCCCCCCCCCAAAAAAGGCUAGUUUCGCCCUUGCUUGAGUGAACCAUCCUCCUCCUUCAGUCCUUGGUUCUAUGUCCUAUGCCUUCCUCUCAGGUUUGAAAUCACAGUCUUGGGGUCAAGUCCUUGUUCCUGCUUGAGGUGUUUCCUAUUGGGGCUCCAUCAGGGCAAACUUGUGUCUUCCUAGCGGAUCUCCAGAUAGCUUUAAAUACUUAUGAAUUGAGUUUAUAUAGCCAUUCCAUGGUUUCUGUGGCAAAUUGUCACACUUACUUUCUGUAGGCUUUUGAGACUAGUUAGGGAUCCUUUCACUCUUUAGAUCAUGGUUUCUGUGUAGGGCAGGAUUUGCUGCCUGCUUAAAUUGUAAUUUUGCUGUCUGAAGCAGAAUAUAUACAUUAUGUCAUGUUCAUUUCAUGUAAUAAACUAAACUUUAUUCCCUCUGUGUGAAAACUGCUUGUGGGCAUCAAAUUAAGGAUUAACACAUAUUCAUAGCAAAUGCGGUCACAAUUGUUGGCAAUGUGUGUAUGAGUGCUUGUGAAUGGUGAACUCAAAUGUGGGUUCAGACACGUGUCAUUGUCACAGUCCUACUCUCCCUCUUUCAGGGAGGGAUUUGCAACCUUCUAGACUCAGAUGGACCUCUCCUGCCUGCUAGUUUUAAUAAGCCAAGAAGGGCAAUCGUCAGAGACUUCUCAAAUGUCCUGCUCGCUAAUUGUGAAGGCACGUUAUUUCAUGUGGGGCUGUGCAAAAUACCCAGAAGGAAGAGGAGAGACCCUUGAAACUGCAAAGUUCUUGGUUUUGUUCCGAAGGGAGUGUUUUCAGUUUGGAUCUCGGAAAGUAGCAUCAUAUUAGGCCACAUGGCAGGCUGGGCAUGUUGCACUUAACCUAUCUGGGAGGUGUUGCUCUUUUGGUCGUCAAAGGAAGGGCUCCCUGAGACCGGGAGAAGCAUUCAAUUGUAUGGAGUUGUGAUGCUGGACGCUCUGUGGCUGGCCCUGAUCCUGUGCUCUUACUGUUGCAGUGGAAUUGGAUCUGCGCUGUGUGAGCGUCUCCUCCAGGAAGAUGCCAGCCUCCACGUGUGUUUGGCCUGCAGGAACCUGGAGAAGGCAAACGCCACCCGGAACCACCUGUUGUCCUGCUUCCCCAGUGCAGAUGUCAGCAUAGUUCAAAUAGAUGUUAGCAAGAUGGCCUCUGUCUUACGCGCAGCGGAAGAGAUCAAGGCAAGGUAUGUGGGGGGAGCGGGAAUGGUUUGGUUAGGCUGCCUGUGCUGUGGCUGUUCUCCAGGGAGCUGCUUCCUUAACUCAUCACCUUUCCAGGACUUGCUUUUCUUACCUGAAUCAGACCUGUUCUGAGAUGUGAUUGUGUGAUGUGUGAUGGCCAAGAGAGAUGGUUUGCACAACUGGCAGAAUCAAGUCUUCAUUAAGCUAUAGAUGGGAUGAAAUUAUAUGCUGAAAUGUUCUACUGUACUCUAUGAAGAAACUCCUUGCUGGUAGAAAGUAAGUAUCUCAGGGGAAAUGUUUCAUCAUAAUCCCCUGGCAUACUAGCUUUCUGUAUGUAGGGAGGUUUCUGCUCCUCCUCCCCCAAAUGGAAGAGCAUUCCAGCCUGCAGCCUAAAACAGUUUAGGGCAAGCUUGACCUCUUGAUUAUGAGAAUUCACCCCUAGUGUGCUUCCCCAGAAAGAUUUGGUGUUGGACCAGACAUUAGGGGGAGAAAUUACUAACUUUUAUAUAAACUACUUAGAGGUUUGGUAUGAUUGGUGUAUGAAUCCUAUUAAAAAAUAAAUAUAUUUUAAAUUCUGGGGUGCUCCAGUUCUGCUUAAUUGCUAUUUAAUGCUCCUUUCCCAUCCUUUCAAUAACCACCUUUUUUUGUUUUGGUGUAGAUUUCAUCGUUUGGAUUAUCUCUUUUUGAAUGCUGGGAUCAUGGUAAAUCCACGUAUCAGUUUAUGGGCAUUUAUACGUGGCAUCUUCUCCAGGUAUGUUAGAUAUCUAACUGUUCCGUCGCUCGUCUUCAUUUUCUGCCUGGCUUUGUGGAUAGGAGGGGAGGACACGGAGUUACUUAGGCAGGGUUGUCCAGGGAAACAAAGCCUUGACCUCACUCUUUAUCCGGCCUCCACCCCACAUGUUACAAACCUAAAGUUAUGGAAUGUGAACAUUUCUCUUCUGAGACAGAAUGCUGCAAUUUGUCAGUGAGCAAAAUCUGACUCAAGGCUACCCUCUUAGCACUGCAAUUCCUUUCCUGCGUAUAAUACAGGAAGAAAAUUAGUAGGCUUUUAUUAGAGGUUAGAAAAAGUGAAGCUUCCUCAGAAUGUAUUUGUUUGUUUAGUUGCUUGUUACCCUUCACCGUUGCAGAGGUACAUUUGAUUAUGUGACAGCACUGAGGAGUAAACAAGGAAUAAAACCAAACAAAGCCCAAUUCUUUCUGAUUCUACCUCUCAAGGUGGUGAUCCCCCACUCUCCACCUCAAGGCCUCCACUUCCAAUGUUCCUAAUGUGAAACAUAUUAGAAGCCAAGUGUAUCGGAAGCCAUUUUGGCAUAUAAAUGGUGUGUAAAUUAAUAAUUAAUAAUAAAAUUGCACAGUGAGUUCACACUGGUAUUUAUGUUCGCUUAUGUGUGUGUGUGUGUGUUCAGAAGGGUUGCCUUGUCAGCCUGCUGCUGCAAAAACAACAGACUCUUGUGACGUGUAAAGUCUAACAAUCUCUCUUUUAAGGAUUUGCAUCCACUUUGUCAGAUGUGUGAAGUUUUAUAUUCUGUUCAGGGGGAGAGAGAGAGAGAGAGAGAGAGAGAGAAGUAAUGUGAAGAAGGAGGGGGAAUGACACCAUUAAGACACAAUUGGUGUCAGUCUGCCUGAGCCCCCUUAAACAUGCAUAGAGGAGCCUGCAGAGGGACGGGGACUCGAGUUGGGAAGCAGCUCAGCUCGCUAUCUGCCUAAAUGCAAAAUAUAUGGGUUGGAUCCUGAGUCCUGUCAUACUUUGAGUAGACUCACAGGGAGGAAUUCAGCAUUGUGCCCUUCCAGUGGUCCUGCCAGUGUAAGCAUUUCCUGGGGGUUCUCCAGUCCCCCCCCCCAAAAAAAGAACCUUCUCUUUUUGGCAGAGGACUAGUGAGAUUCAUUGUGUGUCUCCUGUAGUGCACCUGCUUAGCAGAAUUCAGCCCAUGGAACUCAAUGAAACUUUAGUUACCUGACUGACUUAUGUCCCAUUAAUAUCUAUGGGACUGCACUAAGUAGUAAUGCUCAUAUUUGUUAGUCUUCCCCCCCCCCCCCCAUGAAACAAAUUGACUGAAUCCAGCUACACACACUCAUACUUACCUACCUCUGUGUGACAGGAACAGUGCUUUUAUGUUGAACAGGUGGCUAGGCCAGUAAGACAGCAACAAACCUACCCUGGAACAUGUGUGACGUUUGCAGUUCACUUGCCCUUGUCAGUGUAGUUGGAAACACAGGAAGACUGUCUAGCAGUCCUGUUACAAUAUCUGUAUCUGGAAUAAGUUGAGGAUCCUAUUUCCUCUCUCCUUUUCGCUGUCUCCCUUUUCCGUGUCCCAUUUGCCGUAAACUCUUGCUGCUUGCUUUCAAGAUCUUGCCUUCAUCUCUCGUCUCUUGUUCUUUGACCUUUGUCCUUCCAAAUCCUCACCAUUCUGUUGGCCUCAUCUUGUCUGCCAAACCUAAGAGUGCUGCUUCUGUCUCUUCAUCUCUGUUGCCUCACACUGUUCCUUGUUCUGUCCUUUGGAUGGCCCUGUCUCCCAAGAGACAGGCACUUUCAUUUGACUUUAUUUUGAAAUAGAAUUAUAUAUUGAAAUAGUGGCUGAGACUUACCUGCUUUCAACCUUUACCUCCUCGUUCUUUUCCCCCAUUGUGUUUCUGCUCUUUUCUAUCGUGUUCUUUUCCCAGCUUCCAUCUUUUUAGUCUGUGAGCUUACUAGAAGGGUAAGUCCAAAAAAGGACUGUGAGAAUAAAAAUUAAAACGUUUGCAUCAAAAACACGGGCUGGACCUUGAGAAAUGUCUUGAUGUAUGAAGCUAAACAUAUGAGAGUUGGGAAUACUUUUGUUUGGGCAUUGGUACUUGACGCCUUGACUGAGACCCCCCACAUUUUCAAAUGCAUCUCUGAACCAUGUAAACUAGAGAGUUUCUUGUUUGUUUCCUAAUUUCUGGAUUCUAUCAAGUUCUUGUGAGCCACAGAUUGUGCCCUUAGAUGCAAGGGAAGGGAAGGUUCCAGUCUCUCUUUAAUUACUGAAUAGAAGGCAUUUCAGCAGAUGCAGCCCCUUGUUCACCCCUUUGACACGAUAAGCUGCAUCUGCCAAAAUUCCUCCUUAUACACAACUGUCAAAGGCUCAGGAGCUCUGGGCGGCAAGUUAUCCUGUGUGCUUUCUCAGUUAUCCAAGCUGCAAUGUCUUAAUAUUUACCUGUUUUCCUUUCUGUGCCUGCACUCAUUCCUUUUUCUUUUUUCCCAAUUUUUGAGUUCAUCCUUUUUAGAAGUGGGGAAGACGCACACAAAUUCGAACUGUGAGAACAGCAUUGACGUGUAUUUUCUGUAAUCUGCAUUUUGUCAAACCGAGUGUGAUCUCCUUGUUAGACCACUGAAAUGCAUUGAGCUAGUGUUCCCAGAGAAGAAUCCUGAAACGGCUUAAAAUAUCUAACCUGUAACCUAACAACUGCCUGUUCUAUUUACACUUGUAUCCUGCUCUUCCUCUAAGGAGUUCAAAGCAAGACACAUGGGUUUCCCAUGCAGUCUCCCAUCCAAAUACUGACCAGCCCCAAACCUGUCUAGCUUCAGUGAUGGAACAUCCUCAAGUGGAACAAAAUGAAGCAAAGGCCUCUUUUGCCCAGUAUGUGCUACUUCCUUUGUGACACGGGAACUACAUUUCUGUCUUGGUUUUAUGUAGCAGUCCUUAUUUGCAUAAAGUUGUUUGCUAUCUUCAUCUUGUGUGUUCUGAUGAGGAGCCUCCAAGGUAGGUUAUACUGCUGAGGAAUCAACAACCAGGUAUUGUUACUUAUCUAAGGUAGCUGUAGCCGUUGGCUCUCUCUGGCAACAGGAUGGAUCCCUGCUACCUCACACUGCUGUGCAUUCUGCCAAUCAAAAAUAACAUCAAAUCUGCCUUCUGUUUUAGGUUUCCUGCCAACUGCAAUAUACUUUCUGCUAGCUUUGUUCCUGUUAUAGAAGUGGACAACUCCACUUUUCCUCUGACCCAUUGCUAAUUAUUUCCAGACACACACCUGGCUUUCUACCACAAGAAUCCUGAAGUAUCAGGCACCUCAUAGGCUUUGUUCACACAUAACACAAAGCCAUGGUUCAUUUAGCCCAACUGUGGGUUGUUGUUUUUUAAGUGUCUGAUUCCACCCCACACUAACCAUGGUUUAUUUCCAGACAGCAAAUCAUGAUUUGAAACCACGGCUCAUUCUUGGCUUUUUUGGUUUUUCAUGAUGCCUGAGCCAGCAUCCUGGUUUUGUAACCUUUGUUUGGGUGUCCUGUCACAGACAGGUGUGAGGCAAGACCCGUGGGAGAACAAACCUACUCCCCAGGCUAAGCAGCUCUUGGUGUUACUUUUCCAGAAGUAGGUCUCUCGCCUCAGGUUGUGAUGCCAAUGGAAAUAAAAUUGAAAGAGGUUUUGACCUGCUUUGCUACUUUGCUGUCUAUACAGGACUGUUGUGUUGAAAACACAACAACUUUUUAAAGUUGGCUAUCCUGAUCAUUACACUUACCCACAAAUUAUAUCACUUCAGCCAGCAAAAUACUUUUAAAAAAACCAAACUAAUGGGGAUGUUGUCAGGAGACCUGCAGGGCAAAAGUCUCCCCUGUCACUUAAUGGAUUCUGAAUUUCUGAUCUUAAGGCAGCGUGGUGUGUGUCUGUGCUGGGCAGCUGGUUUGGCUUGGGGCAUGUGGAGAGCAGUUGAAAAUCUGUGAAAAUUUCUCACUUUGAUUGCGCAACUGUCCAAUUGUAAGGAAGCUGGUGAUGGGGAAGCAAUGCCAGUUACAGGAGCAAUGUGAUGGUUUUAGGAUAACAGACAGGAGGGAGAAAUACACAAAAUUGAGCAAGCCAAGCUGUGAUUUCUUUCCUCUGAGACUCAUCAUAGCUUGUUCAACAAUCCAUGUGAAUGUGGCCACUGUUUCUGAAAUCUUUGUUCUAGAGUAGCAGCUCUUGGCUGAACUGCAGGCUGCCAUUUUGGUUUGCUUCUUAACAGCCGCAACCUGGGAGGCUGCUUGAAGAAUCUCUCAAAUUCAAACACAACUAUGAUAUUUGUCCUUUGUGGAUGUGAUCCAGAGGAAAGCUGUGCACACAGCUAGGGGGUUCAUAGAAAUUUCCUGCAACUGCUUGCAGUGCUGAAAAGAACACAAGGGCACAGCUGGAUCCGGCCAAGAGUUCAUCUCAUCCAACAUCCUGUUUCCACCAGUGGCCAACCGGGCAACUAACAUAAAGACUUAGCAUUUAAAAAACCAACCGCCUCUUCAGCAUGAAAUUAAAACAUCCAAUAACAUUCUGGCUCUUAUAUUUAUUUUGCUUGUUCUUCUGUUCCUUUCAUUGUAAUCAUGGGGACUGGGAUUAGUGGUAGUCUUUGGAUCACAGUUUAACAACGUUCCAAAUAAAAACCAGCUACAGUUUCUCUCAUUUCCCAAAGAUUGCUUCCUUUUUGCUGGCAUAAGCCAUCUCCACCCACACUCACAUUUAGUUGCAAGGACCAUAAUAUUGGUUGGCGGUUUCUCUUAAGGGCAGCAGUCCUCUCUUCUAUGCUCUAACCUCUUCCCCUGUUUUCAGGAGGGCAUACCAGAUGCUGACUACAGCAGAGGGGCUGAUGAGCCAAGAGGACAGGGUCACUGCAGACAACCUUCAGGAGGUCUUUGAAACAAAUCUCUUCGGACAUUUUGUUCUGGUAGGGAAGCUUUUACCUAGUUUGUGUCACACAUCCUGGUGUUGUGCAGAUGUUAUCUGGGUGUUUGUACCUGUGUUGCAAGACAUUAUUCUAGGUGAUCUAUGUAUUGUGGAACGUUGCCCUACAUUCCAGACUUAAAGAUGGUUGUGAACAAGCUCUCACCUCUUUAGUUAAUACAUUGGUAUAUCCGCUGAGCCUUCCACAGAUAAGAAUAAGGAUGCCUAUUUGCAUAGGUAAGUUUGCCAGUCCUUUGUCAGUCACUGUAGUGUAAUAUCUCUAGCUCUCAUCUUUGGUGGCUGUUGCUGGUCUCAGAAUAUUAAAUUGAGUGUGCUAAUUCUCAAAAACUGAAGAAGUCUCAGUAGAUUUGUUUUGGUGUGGUUGCUUUUUUAGCAUGAGGGCUUAAUUCUGCACCAGCAGCCUCUGGUUUGACUUUCUGGAUGUGAUCUGCCAAUUUCACAAUGGGUGGUAGCUGACAGAAAAGCUGACCAAAAUUUCUGCCUCAUUGACUUCAGGACUGAACUCACUGCCGGUCCUUUCAGUGAACUUCCAGCAAACAAUGUUUAGAGGCAAUCUUGUAAGCUGCAAUUUGGCCACACAGGGCAAAAAAAUAUUAACAAUAGAGUGCCAGUAUAAUAGCUUUAUCUCCAUAAUUUUAUCCUGUCAUUUCCUUUAGUGUCCACUGCAUGGAGCUAAUGUAUUUGACUCCUCUUUACUUUUGCAGAAUGGAUAAUCAAAGUUUGUGGCAUCUUGCAAUCAGCAGGGUAGUGAGCACACUAACUGGUCCUACCUGUGUCAGAUUCUAUGUCUGUGGGCUCCUAUUGCAGUGCAUAAUUGUAAUGUGUGCCUGGUGGCAGGAGAGGCAGGGGUCAGUUGGGGCAACACAAUCGUGAUGGUGUAGGUUUUACUUGCAAAGCAGGUGGAACCUUAACUGUCAAGAAGUGCAAAACCUCUUGUCCAAGGACAGUGGCGACGCUGCCGGGCGAGUGAAGAUGCAAAGUGCUGUGUCACAAUUUCAUGCCAGUGCUGUGAAAUCAGAAACCAAAGACCCGUUCCAAAGGUUUAUGCUGACUUGUGGCUCACUUAAGAAGAAUAUGUUUUUCCAGUGUAUACCGUUAUAAGUCAUGUUGUAUGGACAGGAAAGUAAAUACAUUUGUAAAGUAUUUUAGGGAUCUUUGGGGAAAUCCUGUUGGUUCUGUUGAGUAUGGGUCAGCUUUGUUUUAGAAUGUAUACAGUGGAACCUCGGGUUACGUACCGUCCUCCUUGAGAAUGCUUCGGGUAACGAGCUCCGCUAACCCGGAAGUAGAUGUCCCUAGUUGCAAGCAGAAGUCGCGUGGCGGCAGCGGGAGGCCCCAUUAGCAAAAGCGUGCCUCAUGUUAAGAACAGUUUCAGCUUAAGACCGGACCUCCGGAACGAAUUAAGUUCGUAACCGGAGGUAACACUGUAUUCUGAAAAUAAUAUCGAUUAAAAAAAAUUAAAAUGCCAAUAGGAGGGGGAUAGCUAUUGAGUCUGUGCUAGACUCAUUCUGAUUUAUAAUCUUUUUUUCUUUCACAGAUGAAAAUGCAGAACAUACUUCUUGCAAGUAGAACUUGUGAGGAAGGAUCUGUAUCGGGGGUUACCAAACAUUUCCCUCCAUGCAGAGGGGCUUAGUGGACAAUGAUUUUUUGCCCUUUGUAGUAAUUGUAGUGCACUAUGCUAGGUGCUGUAUGAUUUUUAAUUAUAUUUUUAUUGCUCCUUUUGUUUUUUAUAUAUUAUAUUACAGUUUGAAUUCUGAUAUUAAAUAUAUUAAAUAUUUUAAAUUAUUUUAACCGUAUUUUUAUUGCUGCUUUUAUUUCACAUUGUACAGUAUUACAAUUUAAAUUUCUUCAAAUCCAAAAUUUAAAUACAAUAUAAGAAAUAAAAGAAGCAAUUAAAACAGUUAAAAAUCAAUAUAAAUAUUUAAUGCGAUGGAUGUCCUGUCUCCAAACACAAAUCCACAUACUGUGGACCACCUGAAAGACCCUGGUGGGCCACUAGUGGUCUGUGGAGCACAGUUUGGGAACCUCUCUUCUAGAUUGUAUGCCUCUUGAGGAAGGAACCUGGAGCCUUGCUAAAGUCUGGUUUCUUCAUUUUUGCAGAUCCGGAACCUGGAGCCUCUGCUCUGCUGCAUUGAAAAGCCCAGCAAACUUGUCUGGACCUCUUCAGUCAAUGCCUGCAAAUCUAACUUCAGCCUUGAGGACUUUCAGCACAGGCAAGGCAAGGAGGCCUACAGCUCUUCUAAAUAUGCUACUGACCUUACAAGUGUGGCUCUGAACAACCGGUUCAACAAGCAGGUGAGAGCACCCUAUCCUAGUCCUUCCAAAAGGCUGCUUGUCCCAUCUGUGUCCAUGGCCCUUCCGACCGAAAGCAAAAGAAGGUGGCAUUCUUUUCAGGAAAGUUGGCGAAGUGUGCCAAGAUAAGCGGGUGUGAGUCCCAUCAGUGGAAGGCUGUGCAAGGACUUACACAUCUGCAAUGGGGUCCCCCUCUACACACCUCAUGCCUCCCAAAUUGGCUCUGAGGUGUGUGGGUUGGGGGGACCCCCAGAAUGUGGUGAGAAGAGUGAGGGGGCCGCUCCGUCUGGCAAGCGGAAACGCUUGUGGUGGUGGAACACUUGAUGUCGUGUGACUCUCAGUUCCUCCCAUUGUGUUGCGACUUUUCUGAACCGCUGCUUACCGUAUUUUUCGCCCUAUAGGACGCAAUUUUCCCCUCCAAAAAUAAAGGGGAAAUGUGUGUGCAUCCUAUGGGGCGAAUGCAGGCUUUCGCUGAAGCCUGGAGAGCGAGAGGGGUCGGUGCGCACCGACCCCUCUCGCUUUCCAGGCUUCAGGAAGCUAUCCGCAAGCCUUGCGAGCCUGGCGGGAGUUCCCGCCGGGCUCCCAAGGUUUGCGGAUAGUAGCCUGUUCUGGGGGAUAGGGUCGGGAGAAGCUCGGGCUUCCCCCGCCCCAGCCCCGUGGCUGGGGGGGGGGAAUAUAUUUUUAUUUAUUUAUUUCCCCCCUAAAAAACUAGGUGCGCCCUAUAGGGCGAAAAAUAUGGUAAUUAUUGUGCUAGUUUAUGCCAUUUACAUGUAGAAAGGGCAGAAUAGUAAGCUAACAAAACCAGGAGGGAAUAUUUUAAAAGCUUGCCCCUCUUUCUGUUACAAACUUGGCACAAGCCCUGUCUACGUGGUGUGAGCGUGGGUGUCUGCCGGCAGUUGUGUGUGUCACAGUGUGGCCCCAUGGAGCCAUCUCUUUCUCUCUCUCUUGUUCUCUCAACAGGGCCUGUAUUCUAGUGUUGUGUGUCCAGGUGUUGUGAUGACCAACAUGACGUUUGAGAUUUUGCCUCCUUUCGUGUGGAAGUUAUUUUUCCCCAUUCUGUGGCUGGUGAGUGUGAUGGUCUUCAGAAACUGCAGCAAACCCUUAAGUUCUAGGAACCAGAGGCUGAUUCAGAUUCCCUUGUAAGCAGAGAGAAAAGCUGAAGUGGUCAGUGGAACAAAUACAAGCAUAUGGCGCGAUCAGACUUUACAGCAUACAGUGGUACCUCAUACGCUUCAGGUUACAUACGCUUCAGGUUACAGACUCCGCUAACCCAGAAAUAGUACCUCGGGUUAAGAACUUUGCUUCAGGAUGAGAACAGAAAUCGUUCUCCGGCGGCGCGGCGGCAGCAGGAGGCCCCAUUAGCUAGAGCGGGGCUUCAGGUUAAGAACAGUUUCAGGUUAAGAACGGACCUCCGGAACGGAUUAAGUACUUAACCCGAGGUACCACUGUAUUUCACUAUAGAGGAAGCCCCUUUUGACUAUUUCUUAUUUGGGGAAGGACCAUAAGAAGAGCCCCUCAGGUCAGGCCAGUGGCUCCUCUACUCCAGCACCCUGUUCUCAGAGUAGCCCACCAAUUGCCCACGGGAGCCCCAUAGUGGGACCUGAGCUCCAGAGCCCUCUCCCACUUGUGAUGGACAGCAACUAGCAUUCAGAAGCAUCCUUCCUCUGACAGUGGAAGCAGAACAUGGCCAUUGUGGCUUCUCCUCCAGGAACUGGUCUCCCCUUUUAAAGCCAUCCAAAUUGGUAGCCAUCACUGCCUCUGGUGGGAGCAGCCCCCUUCCUUUAUCUGGCGCUGGGUCUGCCCUGAAACUUGCAACAUUCGGCUUUGCUGGGUGUCUACAAGUUCUAGUGGGAUGAGAGAGGGAUAGGGCUGCUAUUUUGGGGCUGAGGAUGGUGGUGCUUUCCUUGCCCUCCUGGAGCUGCUUCCCCAGCUUCAGUGCCAUGGAGUAGAAAGAAGAGAGAACUGACUUCUUGCUUUUCUCUCCCUGCAACUCCAGUUCCGCCUUUUUACCAACACAUACACACUGACGCCGUACAAUGGAGCAGAAGCCCUGGUAAGAUGCUUUGGCACUGACCUGUUGUACGUUGUGCCUGCCUGAUCCAUAGCGUUUGCCUUGCACUAGCCGGUGUGCCAAGAGGUUCACAGCUACUUUCUUUCCUCUUCUGGGGAACCUGCUGGCUGCUCCCACCCUCACCCACCCUGUGAUGUGAGUAGGGCCAACUCUGGUCUGCACUCCCAGCCAGCAACUGUGUGUGUGCAUGUGCGUUUGCUGCAUCCGUUUGUUUGAUCUGAUUGAUACCUGCCUGCAGGUGGGAGUGUGUUUGUGCCGAUCAUAGUGUGGGAUGUUGCUUGAUGGCUGGCUGAGUGAAUGCCGCUUGGGUGGGGGUGGGGGUGGGGGGAGUGGUCCAGGGCCUGUCUCACUAUAUAACAACAGGCCCUAGGGGACUUAGUAUCCACACAGAGGCUGCUGGCUCAAGACUUCGUGACUACCAUGGGUCUUUCUCGGUUGGUCAUGGUUCCAACACACCGGGCAGAGCAAAGUCUUGAUGUAGUCUUUGCCCCAAGUGAUAUGAGGGGCGGAAUGAGGAUGGGGCAAUGCCACGCCCUCCCUUGUCAUGGUCAGAUCAUUAUCUGCCUCAGUUUGGACUGACGACUAGUGGUGGGCACAUUCAGAUGGCUCACCCUUGCAGACUGAGGGAACUUGAUGUGUUCCUGAAUGCUCUGGGGAAUUUUCCAGAGGAGAAAGCUGGUGGAGUCCUUAUCUGACAAUGGAACAGCAAGAUGAAACAGGCAGUUGCCAUGAUCACUCUGUACCCUUCAGAUUGGAACAGCUUUCAGCCAGCUGCCAGUACCUCCUUUGGGGGGAAGGUGGUGGACGCAGAUUAUUUAGAUCCAUUUGAAUCUGUGUUCAGGCCUAGCCAUGGAACUGAGUUGGCCUUGAUCACCCUGAUGGACGACCUCUGCAGAGAGUGGGGCUGCUGGGAGGGGGGGGAGUGCGUCAUUGUUCUACCUUCUUGAUCUCUUGUUGACAUUUGAUGCCAUUGACUAUGGUAUCCGCCUGGACUGGGAAUUGGGGGCGCUGUAUUACAGUGGUUCUAAUUCUACCUUCUGCACCGAGUCCAGAGAGGAGCAUUGGGAGAGUGCCUGUUGGCUCCCUGGCAGCUUACAUUAUGGGGUUAUCUCGUUUGAGCCCCUUUAGAUCCAAAUCCAGCCCCACAGAGGUUUUCAGCACUGGCAGCGGUUGUCUUGAGUCAAACGCACUUGCAAGGAAAGAACUUCUCAGUUGUUUGCAUCCCCUUUCUAGGUUUGGCUCUUCAAGCAGAAGCCCGAGUCGCUGGACCCCCUGGUGAAAUUUCACAGCUGCACCACAUUCUUUGGGAAGAACUACGUUGAGAUCCGCAAGGUAAGUAGACCCCUUCGUGUGCAUUGUGUUGUCACGAGUACAGUGGUACCUCAGGUUACAUAUGCUUCAGGUUACAUACGCUUCAGGUUACAGACUCCGCUAAGCCAGAAAUAGAGCUUCAGGUUAAGAACUUUGCUUCAGGAUGAGAACAGAAAUUGUGUUCCGGCGGCGCGGCGGCAGCAGAAGGCCCCAUUAGCUAAAGUGGUACCUCAGGUUAAGAACAGUAUCAGGUUAAGAACAGACCUCUGGAACAAAUUACCGUAUUUUUCGCUCUAUAGGAUGCACCGGACCAUAGGACGCACCGGACCAUAGGAGGGGGAGAACAGGGAAAAUUUUUUUUUCUUGUUCUCCCCCUCUAAAACAAGGUGCAUUCAAGGUGCGUUCAAGAGCAGGUCGGGGAACAGCGCAAAGGCUGCGCGCAGCCUUGCCGCUGCCCCCCGAGCUUGUGGGGCUGGCAGUGGGGGGAAGCGCUGCUUUCCCCCACCACCAGCCUCAAAGAUCCCUGAAGCCUUUGGAGCGCAGCUGCACUCCAAAGGCUUGAGGCUUCGGGGACAUCCUUUGUAGCCUCCACAGGGCAGCGGGGUGAAGGCACCCCGCUGCCCUGCGGAGGCUUUGCUCAGCCAUCCCGAAGCUAGAACAGCGAGACGGAGGGCUGCACAGCGCCCCGUCUCGCUGUUUUGGCUUCGGGCUGCAGGCUGCUAUCCGCAAGCCUUGGGAGCCCAGCGGGAACUCCCACCGGGCUUCGAAGGCUUGUGGAUAGCUUCCUGAAGCCUGGAGAGCGAGAGGGGUCGGUGCGCACCGCCCCCACUCGGUCUCCAGGCUUCAGCGAAAGCCUGCAUUCGCUCCAUAGGACGCACACACAUUUCCCCUUCAUUUUUGGAGGGGAAAAAGUGUGUCCUAUAGAGCGAAAAAUACUGUAAGUACUUAACCCAAGGUAUCACUGUAUUGCUUUCAUGCUUUUGGUGCACGCUAUGCCACGGGAAAUUAUGGAGGACCUACUUUUGAGUUCCAUUAAGAGGCAGCAGAAAGUUCCACUGCAGAAAGCCUCAUAGAAAUGAAUGUUACUCACCUGGAGCUUUGGAGAUAGGAAGGGCUAAAACUUACAUUUAUUUUUAAAUGUUACUUACCUGCAAAAGAUGUGUCUUGCUGGACUAGAUCAAAGGCCCAUCCAAGCCAGCGUUGUCUCCCACUGCAUGGCCACAAGCCGGCUGUGGUUGCAUCAACACUCCCCACUUGCAAAGGCUGACUAUGGAUGCGCAGAGUGUUUUAUGGCUCCUGCCACUUUGCAACCCAGGGGCUUUGCAGUGAGAAGUGCCAGCCGCCUGCCACCUUCCUGUCCCCAAGAAAGCAGCUGGGCCCGCCUACUACGCAGCUCUGCAGUUGGGUCAGAGCCAGCAACUGUGGUGUACAGCUUCUAGGUUCCUUUAGCUGGUGGAAGGGAGGGAUGGCUCUGGGGUCUCCUCUGGGGGUGGGGGGUGGGGGGGCUUGUGGUAAAGGAAAGAAAACACUGCUGGUUCUAUGGAAUCUGUCCUGAUCACAGCUGUGUCUUUCAGAUGGAUCUCAGUGAAGAUACCGCAGAGAAGCUUUACGAGAAGCUCCUGGAACUAGAGAAGCAACUUCUUGCAAGGUGCAACAGCCCACAGCAUAAAAAAUAGCAAAGCCAGACCAGUCUUUAGCCACCAUUCCUCAUGGCAAUGAGUUUCUUCCACUUGGGACAGUUAAGAACCUCGGCUCCUCACCCCCACCCCACCCUGGCUUUUGCCUUUUGCAAUGCAAACCUCUCUAGAGAUGUAUCUUUUGGCUGUCAUGAAGCUGAAAUGCUGAAAGAGACCAAAAAGUCUUACAGUUCAGUCCCUGCCCACCCCAGCGUGGUUUUUAUAAUGCCUUUGCUCUCCUUUUAGUUGCCGUGUCUUUACAUCACUGCAGCAUUUGUCUUUUCCCCGUUUCCUGAAGCCUUUGUACUCCUCAGAGCAGGAUGUUUCUCAAAUAAUAAAUGAAAUGAAGGGUC